CUUCUUCGUAACCCAAACCCAUUCAUUGCGCAUGGCUAUCCAAGCGCCACCUCACGGGCGACCGACGGGGCCACGCACGCGACAGUCACACAGCGCGCGUCCAAUGGCUGCGUCCCUCCGCUCGCCGCCCCCGGUCCCCGCCGCCUUCCGCCGCUCCGGCGCCUCCUCCUCGCCAUCGUCGUCGUCCGCCCCCAAGGCGAGGUUCGUCGCCCGCCGCUCCGAGUCCGUUUCCGUCCAGCAGCUAGCCAGCCCCCUCGCGGAGUACGUGAGCUUUCCAGCGAGCCAGUACUCGGUGCGUAAAGGCGGCCUCGUCUGCCCCGUUCCUUUGCGUCCAUGGCGUGGGGAGGGCAGCCGCGGCCGGCGGCGAUAUGGAGGUCGGCGAGCGACCGGACGCGCCGAGGAGCCAAUGUCACCUCCCGCCGCGGCGCCCCCCGCGCAGCCGACAGGCGCCUCGGCCGGCAAGGCAGUCGUCCCGGACGACGAGUUCUCCCUCGCCAAGGUGUCCUUCGGUGUCAUCGGGCUGGGGGUUGGGAUCUCACUCCUGUCGUACGGAUUCGGGUCAUAUUUCAACCUGCUUCCCGGCUCGGAGUGGUCAGCUCUGCUGCUCACCUACGGGUUUCCUCUCACAAUCAUUGGCAUGGCCUUGAAGUACGCAGAACUGAAACCAGUGCCCUGCACAACCUAUGCUGAUGCUUUUGCUCUAAGAGAAAAGUGUGCCACCCCUAUUCUGAAGCAGGUUAGGAGUGAUGUUACACGUUAUAGAUAUGGUGAUGAGCAACAUCUGGAUGAAGCACUACAGAGAAUCUUUCAAUAUGGUUUGGGUGGUGGCGUUCCUAGACGUAAUGCACCUAUAUUACAAAAUAUCCGAGAAGAAGUAACUGAAGAUGGGAAAUACAGUUUAGUACUCGUAUUUGAAGCCAAAGCAUUGGAGCUGUCUGAUUUUGAGAAGAGACAGGCAAAAUUCACCUCCUUUUUUGGUCCUGGGAUUAAGGCGGAAAUUGGAAAAGGUGGCGAUGAUCUAUAUGAAGUUCGUCUUAUCUCAGAGACUACAUAGAAACAAACUUUGGGGAUUUUCGCUAAUACAAAACUAAGAGAAUUUCUUCUUUUUCUUUGAUCCACUGAUUUUGCAUAUACGAUGUUAAUAGUGUCAGAUUUUACCCUUCCCUUUUGUUUUGGCUUCUGAGCUUUGAUAUCUAUUGGCUGUUGUAACAUAGAUGUAAAUGGACUUUUACGAAUUGGGAACACUAUCCAUAUAUUUGAAAGGUAUCUUUUUUUUUUGCA